AUGGCGACAUCUGCCUGCGAGUGCAUAAAAGGGCGCUCGUGUCCCACUAUUGUCCCUUAUAAUGACAGCAUUCAGAGUCAGUCAACCACGCACAAGUCAGCUCAGAACGAUCGGCAGUCUGGCAUGCGCUCGUCAUCUUGGGUUCGCGACGUCACCGUGACUGCAGCUUUCAGUAGUAUUGGUCUGCUUGCUGGAAAUGUCCCUGGAACAGCCGCAGGUCAAUACGCUGCCAACAACCAAGCCUGUUGGCUAAAGUUGCUCGAUCUUGACAUGAAGUCUGACGUGGAGCCAGUCGGGUGUCCAUACACCAUUCAGUGUGUUCCUCCUGGCUCGCUUAAGAAUGUACCUUCGUUAGAUCGAAAGAUCGGGGAUGCCGGGGUUUGUUAUGCCAUUCAACCGGAUGAAAAAUGCGACAAGACAUGGUUCACAGCUGAGAUCUACAUCCCCGAAAAACGCAACCCUCAUCUCAGCAAGGAAAAGGGUCUUUUCUGUUUGGACAAAACGGAGGGCAAGAAGGAGGGCAAGAAGGAGGGCUUCCCUAACUUCCAUGACCGGGAUCCUCAGAAGCCUUGGCGACCUCAAAGCGCCUUUGCUAAUGCUAAACACGAUUGCCAUCUCUUUUGGAACCAAAAUGAGUUUGGUGUCAUUUAUUAUGACUGCGCUUGGUGGCCCAAUCCAAAACGUUAG